GAAUGUGGACUGGUCCAGGCCAGCCCCCUAGAAGAAAGAUACACACUUGCUCCUACUGUGGCUAUUCCACCAUGUAUAGUACAGGCUUAAAGAGGCACAUGCGUUCUCAUACUGGGUACAAGCCCUAUGCUUGUCCGCACUGUGAAUACAGCACAAUUACCAAGUAUCAUCUGCAGCGGCAUAUUCGCAUCCAUAAUGGUGGGGCUCAACAGAGACGGUAUGAGGACGGGUGUGAGAGGAGCUGCGGGAAGUAAGAGGGGCCUCACUUCCACCGUCAAGACGCAUCACUGUAACUACUGUACCUACACUACCACAAACUAUACGCAUCUAUUAAGACACAUGCAUACGCAUACUGGAGAGAAACCAUUUUCGUGCCCUCAUUGUUCUUACCGUGCAACCACCAAAGAGAAUCUCAAGAGACAUGUUCUCACGCAUACUGGAGAGAAACCCUUUUCCUGUCCCUAUUGUCCCUACCGAGCGGCACAGAAGGACAGAAUGAAAGAACAUGUUUAUACACAUACAGGAGAAAAGCCCUAUGGAUGCACUCAGUGUCCCUACAGAUGCUCACAGAAGGGCAACUUAAAAAGUCAUAUGUUAACCCACCAAACCAGCAGUUAGCUUUUCUCCAUAUAAGCAUUUAUUGCUGUCUGAAUUACCUGUUGUCUCUUCUCUUUUUUUUCUCUCUCUCUCUCUUCAUAUGCUUCAUUUAUUUUCACUGUUUUUCAUUUACUUCUCGUCUUAGAAUCUGCUUUUAUGUUCCUCAGUAUUUGUCAGAUUUUAUGUAUGGGAAUAUGGUAUGGUUUCAGAUACAUAAUCAAUGGUAACAGCAUUCUCAGAUUUCCUGUAUGACUUUUUAUGGGUUCAUUGUUAGACAAUUGGUUUCUCUA